AUGACUAAAGAUGAAGACUUUAAGCUCCUCAAGAUCCAGGUCCCUCCAUCCCUCCCGUCUCCUCUCCCUCCCUCUCUCUAUCUCCCUCCCCCAUGAGCUCUCCUCUCUCCUCCCCCACCCCUCUCUCUUUCUCUCUCUCUAUCUCUCUCUCUCUCUCUCUCUCUCUCUCUCUCUCUCUCUCUCUCUGCGGCGCAAAUUGAGCCGCUCGUCUGUUGAUUUUCUUUCAGACCGUCGUCCUCCGAGUGCACAUACACUGUGACGGUUGCAAGCAGGAGGUGAAGAAACUGCUUCAGAAGAUCGAAGGUAGCCCCGAUCUCCCCCUUCUACCUCCCUCUCUCUCUAUCUCCCUCUCUGCAUGUUCGUUUCCCUCUCUCUCUUGAUGAAUGCCUUUUUAUUUUCCCCCUAUUUUCACUGAAUGGGUAGAGUUCAUCCCGUCAACCCGGUUUAAUAACGAUCCCCCGAAGCCCAUGAAUUGAGGGAGCGGCAUUUCUGUCGAUCGUUUGGGGGCUUUAAUGGUGAGCGGAAAGAUCCUAGUCUUCUCUCUUGGUGGGGAACCGGGGUCUCCUGUCUCUUUUCUGGUUACUUUUCCCCUCCUCUGGUUCACAUCUUCUGGAUGAGCACGGAUCUGCUGCUUUUGUUCGGUUUUUAUUUAUUUUUAAUUCUAAGUUACUGUAGAUGACGCCCUUCUGGAUAGAUCACGUUAGGGUUUUUCGUUUUCAUCGUCUUCCACCUUGAGCCCCUGAAAAUCUUCUGGGUUUCACGAGAUGGGAAAAGCUUGUCAAGCCCUGGCAGUGGUUUCUAUUUUCGGCUCUGCAUCGUGUGGAUUCACUGGUUCUCGGCCUGUCUUCGUCCUCUUCUUCCUCCCCAUUCUCAUGUGGUUCAGGAGUGUACACCGUCGCCAUAGACGCAGAGAACCAGAAGGUCACCGUCUCAGGGAAUGUGGACUCGGCGGCGCUGAUCAAGAGGCUGGUCAAGUCCGGCAAGCACGCGGAACUCUGGUCCCAGAAGCCCGCAGGGCAGAACAAGCCACCGGCGGCGCCACCGCAGCAUCAGCUGAGCAAGAAGAAGCAGCAGCAGCAGCAGCAGCAGCAGGCCGCCGCCGUGAAAAACACCAAGGACCAGCAGAAGCAGAACCUGAUCAAAGGGCUCCAGGCCUUCAAGAACCAGCACAAGAAGGCGGCACCGCCGUCCUUCAGCUCUGACGAGGACGGCUACGACGAGGAGGACGAGGACGACGACUUCGACGACGAGGACGACGACCUCGCCUUCCUCACCAACAAGAUCAACCAGAUCAAUCUCCUCAGCGAGGGGAACAACCAAAGUGCCCCCAAGAAGAACAACCCCCCUGCCAACCCCGCCGCCGUAGGCAAGAAGAAGGGCGGCGGCGGUGGCGGCGGCAACCCCGUCGCCGGCCACCAGCCAGUAAUGAAGCACCCCACCGGCGGGGGGGGCGGCAAGGUAGUUGGAUUCGGCAAGAUGAACCACCACAACCAAAGCAACCCGCCGGCGCCGGCGCCGGCGAUGGGCGGCGGCUUCGGGCUGCCCUUCUCGCAGCACCACCACCCGGGGGCGCCGCCCUUCGCGGGCAUGGGCGGACAUGGGCUGCCGUCGCCGAUGAUGAUGAACCUGCAGCAGGCGCAACAGCAGCAGGGGCACCUUGCCGCCGGCGGCAUGGGGGGCAUGAACAUGGGUCGGCACGGUGCGACGGGGAUGAUGAUGAUGGCGCCGGAGGGUGGCCGGUACGCCGCCGCGCAGGCGCAGGGGCAGCCGCAGAUGAUGUACCACCGGUCCCCGCUGGUUGCUCCCUCCUACACCGGCUUCUACGCCUCCUCCGCCUUCUGCCCGCCGCCGCCGACGCCGUCCCAUUACUACCCUCAUCAAUAUGCCUCCUCUUCGGCAGAGGGUGGCAGCAGCAGCGGCGCCGGCGACUAUGGCGCCCAUCUCUUCAGCGACGAGAACACCCACAGCUGCGCUGUCAUGUAA